ACACAUUCGGAGCAGCCCGCGCGGCAGUCACUUCAAGCUGUCCGAGCCCGAUGUAAGGGAGUCCUGCGCUCUUACGGCGCUCUGAAAAACAUCUCCCUGUACGUUAUUUUAAGGCUACGCCAUAGCGGCACAACGAGAGGACGCACUGCGAGCAUGAAACGGUACGUCGCCAUUGAACGAUUUUUUUAGGAAGCCUGCAUAAUACAGGAACUUCUGCGUGGUGUGGGCAUCUGUUUGGAAACUAAAGGAAGAAUGUGUCGUUCCGUUUUGGCCCCCCGCGAUAACUAUUACUUAAAGAUGAAAGUCGAUAACCAGGACCGGGAGAACAGCUUUAUCACGUCGGUGAAAAGUGAAGCCAGCUCAAGUCAUUUUUGGCCACAGUGCAAUUAAACGGGUCGGUCACCUUUGGUAUCCACUGAUGUCUUUUGGCGCCGUGCAUGACGCGCCGCGGGUGAGAGAGUGACCGAUUGCUCUUUUUCUGAGAGAAGAGAGAGGCUGGAUAAAAACAGCAUCCAGACAUUCGGGCAUCGCCAGCCAGCCCAUCCGAGCAGCCGUCUCGCCUCUUCCCUUGCUCCCCAGACCCAUGCAGGAUGCCCGAGGAUCGCCGGGGAGUCCUGGUCCAGCUCAGCCAGAGUUCAUGACGCGCUGGGCGGCCUCGUCAUGCGUCUCCUGCCCGAGCCCAGCGCCCAGUCCCUUCGGCUUCUCUUCCUCUUUAUCUUCGUUAUGGGGGUGGCCCCGUCUCCGGCUCUGACGGCCGGCUGCCCGGACAGAUGUGUUUGCGAUGACCAGCUGGUGGUCCAGUGUGCCGGACAGGAUCUGACCCUGUUCCCCAUGGAUCUCCCUCUCGCCACCAGGCAGCUCAUCAUCUCCAACAACCGCAUCGGAGACCUACCUGCGCUUCAGCUCAACUACCUAUCCGACCUGGUGUACCUGGACUGCAGCAACAACUCCUUGACCGAGAUCUCUGAGUCGACCUUCGGGAACCUCCGGAAGCUGGCCUACCUCGACCUGUCUUUCAACAACCUGCUUCAGAUCGAGGACCGGACGUUCGGGCCCCUGGCGUCCCUGGUGAUGCUCCGGCUGACGGAUAACCCGAGUCUUGGUGAGAUCCACCCGGACGCCUUCGCGGAGAACGUGGCGCUGCAGGUGCUGGACGUGAGUCGGAACAACCUGACCGCGCUCAACAUCAGCACGCUGAUCGCCUUGCCCUCGCUCCGGUCGUUGGGACUGAGCGGCAACCCGUGGCGGUGUGAUUGUGACACGGAAGACCUCUGUCUCUGGGUGCAGAUAGAGGGAUUCAAGUUUCAAGACGAGGGUCAGACGGUGUGCCAGGACCCCCCGGAGAUGUCGGGCCAGCGGCUGGCGGAGGUGGGCAUGCAGCUGCGCACCGACUGCCACCAGGGCCUGGGCUACUGGGACUACCUGUUCUUCAUCGCCAUCGGCUUCGUCAUCUUCUCGGCGGGCACGGUGUCGGCGUGGGUCAUGGGCGUGCUGAUGGUCCUCUACGAGCGCUACGCCAAGCGCAAGAGCGAGGAGCAGGACAGCGACGACGACGACGACCGCGGCGGGGGCAUGUGCGGCGGACAGGGCAACGGGGACCUCAACAAGCCCAGCAUGCAGGUGUGAAGGACGGACGGACAGGAGGGGCGGGGAGGGGAGGGAGGUGUGGAGAGGAAGAAGAAGAGGAGGAGGAGGAGGAGGAGGAGGAGGUUGGCUGCAAGAAGCUAAACAGGGGAUAGGGGAAUUGUGGUGGUGGGGGGGAUGCAAUAUAGAAGACGAAGCCAGGAGGGAUGAACGGAACACUGAGGACAAAGGUUCUGUCACAAACCCCCCCCCCCACCACCUCCCUACACCCCACCCGGGACGGACCCUACUGCUUGCUUUUGGGAAGAGGAAAGGAAGGCAAUAAACGUUCUACCAUGAUGGCCAGAGUGGUGUGUGUGUGUGUGUGUGUGUGUGUGUGUGUGUGUGUGUGUGUGUGUGUGUGUGUGUGUGUGUGUGUGUGUGUGUGUGUGUGUGUGUGUGUGUGUGUGUGUGUGUGUGUGUAAGACACAGAUAGACAGGGUGAGCAAUAAGGUAAAUGCCUUCACUUCAGGACUACAGAAUGACCUCUAAGAGUACUGAUAAGCAAUAGCACCCCAACCAACACACACACACAAUCCAUGAGAAGAUAAUCGGGGGUCACAAAGAGAGUGAUGCCUUAUCGCGACCACCAAAGGGGGAUACCGGUAAUGUCUCUAUAUGGUUUGUUGCAUUAAUUGCUAUUAGAUUUUACAAAUACUGAAUCAUGGCCACCUACUGUUGUGGUCCAAGCCAGACACUGUGCAGAAUAGAUCCUUCACCUGAGAAAUGCCUCUGGCCUCCUUGGGUACUGUAGUCACUAUAGCUGUGACAUAGUUUUGUGACGUAUUGCGUUUGGAUUUUCAAAAAACAUGUAUAGAUUUUAUAGUUAUUUUUUUCCUUCCUGCAAGCAAACUGAGUUUGUGACGACACCGCUACAUGCUAAAGAACCCUUAACACGAGUCACCGCCAGCAUACUUAGGCAUGUCAUGUCGGAGAGUGGUGUUAGUGUUUACAGGUAUCCCCCUUUAAAGACAUUCGUAUCACUCUGACCUGUUCUGCGGUGACGGUCGGUGGCUGUAUUUGACCUUGUUUGUACUGUAUGUGUGUGUGCAUAUUGACGUGUUUCUCUCUCGCUGUGCAUAUUUGUAUACACGUUCUCUGAGUCACACAACGGUACCGCUGGUUUCCAUCUCCUCUGAUAUCGUUCAAGUCGAACACACGAAGACUAGCUAGGUUAGUCGGCUAGGCUAGUCUGCACUGUCAGACUGAUUAGCGUCAGGAGCGUAGCAUGCUAAAGGGGAUGCUGUGCUAUGUGAACGGGAGCCUUGCUAGUUUGACCUCGUAUUAUAGGUCAGUACAGACAGGUCCAUCACUGAACUGUCUUCUUGUAAAUGGGGCUCGUCAGCUCUUGGGUGUGGGUGGGUGGGUUGGUGCGUGCAUCAUCAUCAUAAUGGUACUGUGUCCUAGACAUCCAAGACCUCCAUGUACAUGACGACCAGCCUGUGUAUUUAAGUGGGGCACAACGAUCACAGAGCCUUUCCCUGAGCACCAUCGACGUGUGAUGCGUGGCCGCCCAACCCACCCCACCCCAAGCCCCCCGAAUCAUUUGAGAGAGAGAGAGCUAGCAAUCGUGUGUGUGUGUG